UACAAGACCACAAACCCUUACCACCCUAGAGAUACAAGACCACAAACCCUUGCCACCCUAGAGAUACAGGACCACAAACACCACCCUAGAGAUACAAGACCACAAACCCUAACCACCAUAAAGAUACAAGACCACAACCCUUACCACCCUAGAGAUACCAGACCACAAACUCUUACCACCCCAGAGAUACAAGACCACAAACCCUUACCACCCUAG